GGACGUCUUUUGUGACCUCAUAUUCAGGUAGCCCUCCCACCUGGCAGCGUACCAUUUUGUUCGCAUACAGCUUGCCAGCAUGGGAUUCCAUACCCUCCUACUAGCGCUUGCUUCGCUGAGUGCAUAUGCACUGUACAAGUUUUGGGAUUCGUCCCGCCGCAAUAGAAUUCCUACAGGCCUCAAGCCACUACCGGGUCCAAAGGGCUAUCCAAUCAUCGGCUCCGUACCUGACGUCCCAGACAAAAAUGGAUACAUCAAGUUUUCGGACUGGGGCAAGCAGUAUGGUCCAAUCUACCAAUGCAACCUAGCCGGGCACAACCACGUCUGGGUCUCAACGGAUCAGAUUGCAAAAGACUUGUUGUCCAAAAAGGCAGCCAUCUACUCUGACAGGCCGCACAUCCCAUCUCUGAUAGACGACAACCGUUCGAGUGCGCAAUAUCUUCCGCUGCUUAGCAGAAAUGACGGCCAUACACGCCAAAGAAAGUUUGCGAACAUCAUUAUGCGCGAGUCGGAAAAGGCAUCCUUCCACCGAUACCCCGAGCUCGAAUCGAAGCGUAUGAUGGCCGAGCUGCUGGACGACCCCGAUCAAUACAACCACAUUUUGGAAUCCUACAUCUCUCGUGUCACUUGUCGACUUGCUUGGGGCCACAGCGAAGGCAGCGACGAGCUGAAACAACGCGCACGUGAGCUUCUCAUUGGCGUUUCUCCCACAGGAUCUCUGAGCAACAAGCUUCCCUUCUUGAUGGCACUACCUGAUUGGCUCUCACCGCCCAAGGCAUGGGAAAGACGACGUGCACUCACCGAACGCACAUGGUUCCAGACUAUGCAGGCCCAGGUUGUUGAGGAUCUUAAGACAGGACAAGCAGCACCAUCGUGGAUGAAGACAUUCCUAGAUACUCGCAGCAAAUGGGGCUUCAAAUCUGAUACAGAGGGUGCGUAUGCUGUCGGCAUGCACGGGAUCGCAGGAGCUCUCACUAUCGCUGCCCCUAUGCAGACGUUCUGUUUGGCAAUGGUCCAUUAUCCACAAUAUUUGCCUAUGUUGCACGAGGAACUUGACCGCGUCUGUGGUGACCGACCCCCCCGCGCUGAAGACCGACCCAACCUUCCUUUUCUUCGGGCUAUCAUCCGUGAAUGCCUGCGCUGGCGCCCACCUGUCCCUACCGGUAUCCCCCACUACCUGACUCAGGAUGACGAGUACAAUGGUUACCAUAUUCCCAAAGGCAGUACUAUACAUCCUCUAGAAUGGGCUAUUUCCCGCGAGCCUGAUCUAUACCCCGAUCCCGAGGUCUUCAACCCUCUUCGAUGGGUGAAGCCAGAGUAUCCGACAUACCAGGAACCUUUGACACAGUACCCUACUAUCAUCAACUCAACACAAUUUGGCUACGGGAGACGAACGUGCACUGGCCAGACAGUGGCUGACGAGGAUAUGCUCAUCGGCAUCGGCUCUGUUGCAUGGUUGUUUGACAUCAAGAAAUGCUCAGAAGACUCCGCCAUUCGAGCUUCGACGGGUGAGACCAAGAAAGAGCAAGUGUAUGGCUUGAACGAAAAGGCCUCCAUAUCAAACGAAGAACUAAACGCUGGAAUUAACAACAAAGAAGCUACCAUGGAGGAGAAGAUCCUCGCCAAAUUCACAUAUCCUGGAUCUGAACCUGCCAAUAAUGCGGCACCAAGGAAGUCCAAAUCUAUCAACCCCACUUACAAACCCAUGGAAUGGGGUGACAUUACCAAGAAGCCAGAAGAUCCUACACUCGACUACUCCAUCUUACUGAUUGCAAAGCCAAUCCCCUUCAAAUUUGAUCUCAAGCCCCGCAACGCUGAGCGAGUGAAGAAGGCCCGCGACAUGUAUAGAGAAGGAGUUGACAACGGUGACUUCCCCGACAGUAAGCAGUACUGGGGAGCAGACCAGGGACGUGGCCAGCCUGUAGGUUGGAGCAAGGUGUAGAGCGUCUUUUGCAUGAUUGGCGGUGCUUUGCAAUUCUUUGGGGUAUUAGUACUUACCCUGCAGCAUUUAUCAAGCGUAUUUAUACUCCAACAAAAAGCCUUCGCGUACAAUGGUCAUCGCAUUCAGUCAGCUCUUGUUGUGCGACUUGCCCGGUUGGGUUUGGCGUUUGGGUUGACUUGGGACCACUCUUGGAAAUUCUUCAUUUCACACAAAUUUGUUUUCACCAUAAUAAAUAGCAUAAAAUUUACUUUGUGGCAUCUGC